AUGAAGUCUCUCCGAUUCAUUAGUGCUGAAGUAUUCGUGUCAAAUGCAGAGUUUGCCAGGAAGAGGCUUGGUGGUGUUGCUCAUAAUCUUUUUCCUCUUCUUUUUAAAGCCAGCUAUUUACUAGAGCAAGGGGAAGUGAUUCAUGACUUGGUAGAGAACUGGCCACUCAUUGACCUUAACAUGAGAAAACUUCUGGGAACUACUGUGGACUGCCAAGAAGACUUGAGCCAUAGAACAUGCUUAGUCUGCUUGGAAAGCUGUCUGACAGGGCUGAGAGACUAUGUGCUGAACCGUUCUUCUCCCUACAUGAAAAGGUUGAAAGUGGUCGACCUGACAGGUAUAAAAGAUGUGGAAGUGCAGUUUUGUGAAUGUAAGAAGGCAAUGGGUAGAUGGGCCAGGACACAAAUGAUCUCUAAGAUUUGUUUAGACCUACUGGUUAACCUGCGGCAAACACAGUGCAAUCCAGAUACCUUCGAAAUCAGCAUCGAUGUGCUAAUUGACUUGUUUGUUACAGAGCGGAACUAUGAGCUGGUAGUGCAGGCUCUGCUGAAGAAAUGCUAUUGUCCACUGAAGAUCUGCUGUGUGGCAUUCAGAUCUGACAACCUGGCUUUGCAGAAAUUCUUCUAUAUCAUAAAGCUCACCGAUCCCUUAGCGCUGCGCAAACUGGAAAUAGUUCACAAUGUUCGCUUGGAAAUGGAACACUUGGAAAUACUCUUCAACACUAUGCACUUCCCUCUGCUGAUGUCCUUGACCUUGCCAGCACGAACGUUUAAUGUGAGGAGGUUUACAGCCACAGAUGAAGAGGUGCUUACUAACAUUGCAGAAAAGAUGGGUGAAAUGAUGCAGCUGACUGAGCUGAGUGUAUCAUAUUCUAUACUCACAGGAAGAAUACAGAAACUGCUCAGCCCACUGAAAACUCCACUGAAGAUGCUGGAUGUUUCUAACUGUUCACUGAACUUUGCUGAUAUGGACUAUUUAGCCAGUAGUUUCCAUGCUAAUCACUUAGAAGCCCUGGACCUGAGUGGUCAUGAUUUAACUGACAUGUACCCAUCAGCAUUCUUUAAGCUUCUUAGGCAUUCCUCUUCAGUGCUCAGGAGUCUUACGCUGGAGGACUGUAACAUCCAAGACACUCAUGUCAACAUGUUGAUUUUAGGUUUAAGCCCUUGUCAGAAACUACAGGAAUUCAAGUUUGUUGGAAACCCUCUGUCAUCCCAAGCACUUAAACACCUUUUCACAUUUCUCUGUGAGUUACCAAUGCUGAGAACUGUGGAGUUCCCAGUUCCACGGGACUGCUACCCUGUUGGCAUCACCUACCCAAUUGAUGAUGCCAGUCUCUGCAAAUAUGAUCACCAAAAAUACGACAGUGUAGCACAGGAGCUUAAGCUCAUUUUACUACAAGCAAAUAGGGAGGAUGUGAAGGCUUCAAGUCCACUCUUUGGCAGCUAUGAUGCAGCUGUUCAGGAGACAAACAACGAACUAGGAGCUUAUUUGAUCAAAUCCUUCAAAGAGACUUUAGAAAAGUUCACUACUUCUCUUAAAAUGAGUUAAAUGUGUAACAUAGUGGUGAUGAGAUCCUCUGUCAAAUCAGAAGUUAAUGUAGUCUUUUCUAGAACAGAACCUUCAUUGAUCAGUUUUGAGAUGUCUCAUUUCUUGACUGAAUUUACAUCUGUUUGAGUAGCUUCUAAUCAUCUAAGGUACUUUGUGCUAUAUCUAUUACAUACACCCUACAUAAGCACAAGGGAGCUUAUUAUUUUACACAAAAGCAUGCUGUUUCUCAGUAAAACAAUAGGCAUUUAAGCUUUGCUUAUCCUCUGGAUUUGGUAGUGA